GCUACCGCGAUCGAGAUCAGCGACGGAAUCGCCGAUUCGUCAGCCGGUGCUCGCGCUACCUCGACCGCGUUCCAGUAGUCGAUCUCGUGCUCGUCGAUCCCCGCGACGAUUCGGUCGAUCGAACGAAGCAAACGAAACAAUCGGACGAGCAGGGAGGAAGGGGGAGCCUGCCCGUGCGCGGGGGCAGGAAACGGACAGCCACUGAGGCUCACCGAGCCUUCUUGGUUCCCCGCGUGUGCUCCCCAACUCCAUUAAGAAACGAUCGACGCACGCGGUCACAUGUUGGCGCGCGUGUAAUGUAACGUGCGUGCCCGGAUCCGUCCGUGUGCGGGUCUGUCUUCGCGGCGUGCCGCCGCGCAACGCCAUCAUCAUCGUCCAGUCGUUGUCGUCGUCAUCCUCGCCGUCGUGGUGAUACUUUGUUAUCGAACGUGAACGUCGAAUCGGCAGCGCAAACGUGUAUCGGCCAGUCGCGAAACUGCGAACGAGAGAGAGAGCAAGAGAGAGGGAAGGAACGAAGGAAAAAAAAGAGAGAGUGAGACAAGACGGAUUGCGCGACAUCGUGGCGACGGAGCUGAGCCGCGUUCACGAGCGAGCACUUUCUCUCCCCCGUGAUCAUGAAUAAGGACGACUACGAGAGCCUGCCGACCAACUCCGUGGCCGUGCACAUGACGGCCGGUGCCGUCGCCGGGAUCAUGGAGCAUUGCGUCAUGUAUCCGUUUGACAGUGUCAAGACAAGAAUGCAAGCAUUAACUCCUGGUCCUGGAGGAGGAGGAGGAGUAGGAGAGGUAUUGUACAGAAUGAUACGACAAGAAGGUGUAUUAAGGCCAAUUAGAGGUGUCAGUGCGGUAGUGGCUGGUGCCGGUCCCGCGCACGCUCUAUAUUUUUCCUGCUACGAGUGUCUUAAAGAAAAGUUCAAGAGCACAAGAUCUCAAUUCAAUCAUCUUGUCUACGGGGCGGCUGGUUGUGUAGCAACAGUUCUACAUGAUGGUGUCAUGAACCCAGCGGAAGUGGUUAAACAGCGAUUGCAGAUGUACAAUUCUCCAUAUAGGAAUGUAUUGAACUGUAUACAACAUGUGUACCAGAAAGAAGGGAUAUUUGCAUUCUAUAGGAGUUACACAACUCAAUUGGCUAUGAAUGUGCCUUUUCAGAGUAUUCAUUUUAUCUCUUAUGAAUUCGUACAAUCCAUUACGAAUCCAGAGCACGUUUACAAUCCAGUAGCACAUAUCGGAUCAGGUGCAGCAGCAGGUGCAAUUGCGGCUGCGGUGACAACUCCUCUGGACGUUUGUAAGACAGUGCUGAAUACACAGCAGGACGGUGUGCGCGCUCAAGGCAUGAUAGACGCGUUUAAGCAAGUCUAUAGGUUCGGCGGUGUACAGGGAUACUUCCGCGGAUUACGCGCACGCGUCUUAUUCCAAGCACCGGCCACUGCUAUCUGCUGGGUGAUAUACGAAUCAUUCAAAUAUAUAUUACGGGGCAAGCAAGAUGAUGAGUUUAGUGACUCCGAGGCCGACAACGGUAUGACGGGAAUUAACCAAAAUCCAACAUUGGCAAGAUCCAACAGCUUUCAGGGCGCAGGUCUGUAUUUUAACAACCAUGCCUCGUCGCCCGUAUUAUUGAAAGUGACUACGAGUUAGGCGUAUAAAAAAUUGCACCAUCCGAUUGUCCAUUAAAGAAAGAAAAAGGGAGAGAAACUGUUUCAUUAUUCGCGAGAAUAAAAAUAAAAAGGUAUCUUCUUUCUUUAUAAGAUUCUAUCGACAAUGAAUAUUUCGUUGAAUCAUUGAUUCGUCCAUUUAAGCAGCAUUUUUAUGCAUGUACUACGUCGCAAAGAAACGAAAAUCGAUGCUUAAAGAAAGACAAUAGCAACAAAGGUACAGAUUUAUUGAAUGUUGAUCUGUAAGCUUCUUUAUUAUUACAAAACAACGUCAAAUGAAGUUAAUUUUUUUUUUUUAAUUCUUGAUUUCUGGUUAAUGAUCUUAAUAAGAAGUAAAUCUGCAGGCAUAAGAGAAAAUUUCUUGUUCCUUUAAGCUUCAUACAUUAUCUUGUGCUUUCAAUAGAUUUUCUAUUAUGUACGCAAAAUCAGUAUGGAAGUAACGUACUACUGUUUUAAAAUGUAAUUGAAAAAUGACUUUAUUAAUUAGCAAUACUAAAUUUGGAAGCAUAAAAUAAUUAUUAAUUCUGGUACCGCUGGCUGCCAUCCAAUAUAUACAAUUGAAAUAAAAUGCUAUUAUCUAUUAUACUGUUCAUGUGGAGUAUCACUGAACAUUUAGCAAAAGAUCAAUUUGAUGUAUAUCUUGAUGCUUGAAUGGGAGCAGUUAGUAUUUGUGUUUUACUAAUUUGCUAUUAAUUUAUCAAUAUACAUACGAAUUUACAUAUAUCUAACUUAUGUAAAUAAAUUCAAAUAUUUUAAUAGGCAUUAAUAUAUUGACACCUAGUUGAAAUGACGAUUCUGUUUAAUAAACAUCAAUUAAAUUUAUAGAUGGAUUCAUCUUUAUUUAUUUAAAAAUUUAUUUAAAAAUAGAGAUUGUUUCUAAAAACAAAGGAAAUAUUAAGCUGAUAUUUUUUUAAGCAUUCUUAAGUGUAAAAAUCAGAUACUUUUAAAAAGGAAGAAAAAAAAUAUGCUCCACUUGAAUAGUAGAAAAUAGAUUACGCGCAUAACACAAUUAGAUUGCAGCCCACUCCAACAUUGUACUAUUAAGUAAGUUAAGAAAACAGUGGGAUGCAUGCAGGAAUUUCACCGAUAAUAAAAUAUACUUUAGGGCAUAAUUAAGUGGGCAUAAUUAAUGCAGGAUUAUUUCACAAACAGACAAUUUUGCAAAAUUAGAUAACUCCUAUAAUCAUUAUUAAAAGGACAUUACAAAAUCAAUCGAUAUUUGACGUUAAAAAAAAAUUAUACAAAGACUACUUAAUGAAACUCUGAUUUGUACAAUAUAAUGUAACUUUUUGUGUUCAAAAUUAUAGAUACAAUAUGGAUUGGAGUGAAUCGAAUUAAUAGGGCAUGAUUGGCUAUCCUGAACUAAAAUAAUUAGAAAUGAUGUAAAGUAAUUAUUUUAUAGAAAACUGUAGAUAAAACUAUAAAAUAUAUUACAGAUGUACAGUAUAAAUUAAAUGAAAAAACCAGUGUAGAAAAAAUGAAACUUAUUUGUACAAGUACGAUUCCUCUUAAUUAUUCAAGUACAAAUGAAUAAAAUGCUCCUUAGUCAUUUUGUAAUAUAAAUAAUGUAUCUAAACGAUAUAUGAUGUAUAAUCACAAAUAUUGCUUCCUAUGGCUGUGAUUACUGGGUCAUUUGAUGUUGACUUUAAGAGGGAGUAAUAUCAUGUAAAACUCAUAUUUCACGCCAUAUUUAUUUAUUGUUAUAACUUUUUUAAUACCCUACAUCGUUGCUAAAUAAAAAGUUUGACGCUGAAGAGAAAAAAAGUACAGUAUUUAUAUGUAAAGAUAUAUGUAAAAAGGAGAAUGGUAAUAUAAAUUAAUAUUAAAUUUGAAAAUGACUUUAUAAAACGUGUAUUUAAUCAAAAUGUUUUCUUAUUUCGACGAUUCGCAACUAACCUGUCAUUCGAAACAUUCAUGCAGGUAUGCGCCUAUUACGCACGUGUGCAUGUAUUUCGCAUACCAAUUCGAGCAUGUCAGAUUGCAGUGUAUGUUUUAUUGAAUUUAACAGGAUACUUAAUUUAUCGUUUAUACUUUGCAUUGAAAUCUAUUAAUCUUUGUAUUAAACAUUUGUCUCUUGAAAUUGCCUUUAUUGAACCUCAAAUAAAUGCUUAUUUUUCAGGUGACAGAAUACUGUAAUACUGUACAUAAUGUGUAGUGCGUUUACUGAUUUGUUUUUUUUAAAUUUAUCACGCAAGUUGCGGUCAUGUAUUAUUACAUAAAAUUAAUCGACUUUACAUUUUUUUACGUUUUUUCCUUAUAAGUAAGCGUUUACUUUUUUUUCGAGAAACAAGUUGUAUAUAGUCGAUAUAUAUGCUCCCACUGGUAUUAUAAAGAAAUAUAAAUAAUGUAAGGUACAUAUUAAUAAAUGCAUAUUGAGUUUGUGUAAAACAGUGAAACGCAUUAUAUAUAGUAAUGAUGUAAAUAAAUCAUUCUACAAAAUGC